CGGUGCCAACUUUCCUCGCAGCAUUGAUUGGAGAUAUCCCUCGGAGAUAGAAAGCUCAACCUGAAAUUGAGAUUCCGAUCUACCGAUUGACGCCUUAUUGUUCAAUUGCGGAAGUUGGAUCAGGGACAGCACAAAUACUAGACGUCACUCCAACUAUGCCACCUCCCUCGAACCAGCGCGCGGACAUUGAACCGCCAGAAGAGGUGACGACACAAGCUGUGACAGGAUUCGCGACAGGUGCUCUGCGUUUCGGGUCCCUCUCUAUCAUCGCGCACAUGAUCCUCUCCCUUCCGCAUCCCUUCAACUUCGCCGGACCAACUCCUCCUCCUACUCCGCAUUCCAAGGGCCCUCAGCCCGGCCCCAGACCGACAUCCCCCUUCUCCUCAUCAUUUCUCAAAUCAAGACUCUUCUACAGACCCCUGGAGGGUUUCUCGGAAUGGCUGUCCCCGACGUCCCAGGUGUACCGUGGACUGACGCCCCAGUUCAAGGUAUUCCUACAGAUUGCCGUGAUGACCCUGGGAGGAUGCAUCUGGGCUGAGAAGAGAGUGUCGGAGUACUUGGAGGUGAUGAGGAAAAUCAAAAGAGCAGAACGGGCAGAGGCGCAGCGCGCGCAAACGAGUAGAGGUUGAUGCAGACAUACUCAAGAGCUGGGGAGCAAUCGAGCGGAUCCUUGGAUAAUGAGUGAACAUGCUGUUUGUUUGUAUGUACUUGUACGUCUUUUCUUGUAGGAACUCCAGAAAUCAGAAGCAUGUCUUCAUGGCACUCCCCAGAUUGAACUCGAGCUGGGUAGUCCCUGGUGAGCAGCAGUGACUGCCGUCUGGGUCCUGACAGACCAAAGUGCAGAAGAUCAUCCGUCCCAAGGACCGUGAAGUGGACUUUCUCGUCGAUUACCUCGCAUCUGCCUUGCAUCUAUAAUUGGAAUCUUGGAUUGAUCGAGAGUUCGACGACAGAGCGC